AUGCAGGACAAGAGCCUCCUUGAUCAUAGUUUAACUCCCAAUCCUCGGAUGAUUCACUUCUACGAACUGAAACCGGCCGCGUCUAGGGCAGAUUUGUCGAUUGGAUAUCUGCCCUUGACUCGUACUGUAAUACUUAUCCUGAACUACAAGAAACUUCCAUACCAAAUCCAUCAGAUAAGCCCCAAAGACAUCCGAACCAAGUUGAAGUCCUUCGGUAUCCUUCUUUCUGAGGAUGGCGGAGAGACUCAGUUCACAACGUACCCCAUUCUAUUCAUACACGACACGACCACAAACCAAGUCGUUUUCGACUCCCUCGACGUCGCAGAGUACCUCGAUGAAGCCUACCCGGACACUCCAAGAGUGAUACCUCGAGGGACACGAGUCCUUCAGCACGCAUUUUCGAAUAACAUCCUCUCAAACAUGUUUGCGUUACACCCGGUCUUAUGUCCACAGCUCAAACGACACCUGUCACCGGAGGUGUUGGCUCAACAGAGAAAGAUCCUGGGGAGCAAAAUCCUCGAUGUGGAACUUGAACCGGAAGAAGCGUGGAGAAAAGUCAAAGCUAGCUUCGAAGCUCUUGGAAAGGCUUUUGGGAGGCAAAAGGGCACGUUUAUUAUGGGUGAAGACAGUCCGACGUUUGCAGAUUUCACGUUAGUAUCGUUCAUUUGGUGCGUCAAUGUCGCGUAUGGGGAGCAUAGUCAGGAGUGGGAUGAAGUGCGCGGAUGGGCUAGUGGGAGAAUCGGUCGGUUGUGUGAGGAAGUAAUGUCGAUAUGUCGGUAG